AUGCCCUCCUCAAGCCCCGUUCGCGGGUUGCUGUUCGUGACCAUGCAGCCCAAGGAGACAUUGUCGCUCGAUCUCUUCCAUGACUGGUACAACAAUGAACAUGGACCCAAUCGAACCCGCCUGUCGUUCAUGCCGAAUGGGUUUCGAUAUCGAGCCACAGACUUGCCAGAGCCCAAUGCCGGCACUCGCGCCCAUCCCGAGUUCCUGGCCACCUACGAUGCCACCGACAUGCACCAGUUCACCGAACAGCCAUACCAGUAUCUGCGAGCACCACCCGGCAAAACGCGGCGAGAAAUCGACGUCAUGGCCCAGAUCUGGGUGGAUCGGUUGACGCUGGAUUUUGUCGGCGAGCGGGUCAACGACAAGACCUUCGUGAAACUCGAAGCGCCAGAAAAUUUCCGGGAGAACGAACAAGGGAAUGCCCUGACCACACUCAGAUUGCUCCUCGCUCCGGAACAAGUCUCGAGCGUUGGGGACUGGAUCCAGACCACUGUCCUCCCAAAGGUGCAAGACAUCCCCGGUUGGAGGAGGACGUCGUGGUACCAGACGUCCUAUCUUGAACCACGCGAAGACGGACAGGUCGAUUUUGUUCUGAUCAACGAAUUCACGCCGUCCACCGACCCCAAGGCAUUACUCCCCACAUUCCAAGCGCUACCCGUGGACGUUGCGGACAGCAAGGCACGCACGUAUGAACUCUUCUACACCUUUGGAACUGCAGCUCGCCACCUGGCAAUCGUGGCACCGUGGACGUCGCCAGACGGAGUCACCAGGACGCUCCCAAACAUUUCGCCAUAUGGCUCAGCGAUAGAAUCGACAGUCACCACACGUGACGGCGCAGUCCUGCCCUUCCGCCUGGAAGGCAGUUCCGAACCCAACGCCCCGGUCCUGGUGCUGGUCAAUUCGGUCCUAACGACCUGGGGCAUCUGGGACGCCUUCCUCGUGCACUUUUUUUCUCGCCCACAAAAUCAAAGGUACCGCGUCCUCCGGUUCCUAGCCCGUGGGAGGGUCAUCCCCAGUGGCACGACCAGCCCCGUGACUGUGGACCUACAGGCGUCCGACAUCAUCCAGUUGCUGGACGCCCUGCGCGUUCCUCAAGCGGCGGGCCUCGUCGGCGUGUCCAUGGGCGGCGUCACCGCGUUAGCAACGGCCCUCCAAUACCCGUCGCGGAUCAAGGCCUUCGUCGCGUGCGACACGUCCGCGAAAUCACCCGCCGGCAACAAAGACACUUGGGGCCAGCGGAUCGCCGUGGCCGCGAAAGAGGGCACCACGCUCCGCCUGGCGUCUCUGUUUGGCGACGAGUCCCCGGACGCCAGUCCGCAGGCCGUCGUGGGCGAAGAGCUCGCGGAGAUGACGGUGCGGCGGUGGUUCGUGCCCGAAUCCUACGACAAUCCCGAGCUCGUCCCGGAAAUCGCCCGCGUCAAGCGCAUGGUCUACACCAACUCGCUACCUGAGUUCCGUCGGGGCGUCGAGACUCUGUUCAACUACGACUACACGGGUCUCCUGGCCGGGUACAAGGGCCGAGGCGCGUUCUUGGUUGGUGCCGGCGACGGCGUGCUGCCAAAGGGCAUGGAGAAGCUGUCGAAAGAGCUGGGUUCGGCAGAAGGGAACACGGCUAUUUUCAAGCUCGUCGAGGGCGCGGGACAUCUACCCAUGGUCGAGAAACCGAAGGAGGUGGCUGAUUUUGUGGGAGACUUUUUGAACGCUCCGUAA